AUUAAACCUUCCAUGUCUUACGAGUCAGAGGGGGUUAGCUACAACCUCACCUCUGUUACUCCUUGAGGAGAUGCUGCAGGCACUCUUCUGGCAAGAUUUAUUGCUAUUUGCACUACAGAUCCACUCUCACAAUAAGAACGACGCAUGUUGCCAGAGCAGCAGCAUUGCCAGCCAUAAAUCACAGCGAGCUGCAAACAUGUCGCCCAGCAAACCACCAGGAGCGAAUCCUGCCACUGGGAGAGCAUCGUAAAUGGCAAAUGAUCAUUUACUGCUUGCUCGAUUCCCCUGGUGCAGCUCACGCGGUUUGUGCGUGGGGAGCUGGGGCUCCCGGGUGAUUGGGCAGGGUCAGACCUUGGGGCGCGUUAUAAGCACGGCCCUCCUGGUGCCAGGAUGCGGACGUGGGUUCUUCCUCUGCAACACAACGGGGUUGUGCUGCCUGCAAAGGUCACAAAGCCCCUGGGCCCCCGGCGCCACGCUUGAAGGGGAUGUGCCAUGGCAUAGCAUGACUGCUCUUCCCCCCACGUGCCAUGCCCUUCCCCAACAGCUCUGACCUCAGCCCAUCCUCCUUCAUCUUGGCCAGCAUCCCGGGGCUGGAGGCUGCCCAUUUCUGGAUGUCCAUCCUCCUGUGCUCCAUGUACAUCCUGGCGGUCACCGGGAAUUGCACAGUGAUGUUCAUUGUGAAGAUGGAGCCCAGCCUGCACGCGCCCAUGUACUUCUUCCUCUGCAUGCUGGCUGCCAUUGACCUGGCCUUGUCCACGUCCACAGUGCCACGUAUCCUCUCCUUCUACUGGUUCAACACCAGGGAGAUCAGCUUCGGCGCUUGCCUUGUCCAGAUGUUCCUCAUCCACACCCUCUCGGCCAUUGAGUCCACUGUGCUGCUGGCCAUGGCUGUGGACAGGUACGUGGCCAUCUGCCACCCGCUGAGACACGCUGCCAUCCUCACCAACACCACAACAGCCAAGAUAGGGUUGGUAGCCAUGGCCCGGGGAGUCCUCUUCUUCCUGCCGUUGCCUUUGCUCCUCCUGCCCCUUCCAUUCUGCAGGUCCCGGAUGCUGUCACACUCUUUCUGCCUGCACCAGGAUGUGAUGAACCUGGCCUGUGCCAAUACCACCCCCAGCGUGGUGUACGGCCUCACCGCCAUCCUGCUGGUCAUGGGGCUGGACGCCGCCCUCAUCUGCCUCUCCUACAUCCUCAUCCUCAAGGCUGUCUUGCAGCUGGCAUCGUGGAAGGAGAGGGUGAAGGUGUUCAGCACUUGCGUUGCCCAUAUCUGUGUGGUCCUGGCCUUCUACGUGCCCCUGAUUGGGCUGUCCGUGGUGCACAGGUUUGGGAAGGACCUGGCUCCACUGGUGCACAUCAUCAUGGGGAACGUCUACAUCCUGGUGCCCACUGUGCUCAACCCCAUCAUCUAUGGGGUGAGGACCAAACAGAUACAGAGGAGGAUCCUGAGUUUAAUUCAUAUCUAUGGCAGAAGUGCCCAGUGA